AUGAGAAGGAGGAUAUAUCAAAAAUGGCCAUUUUAUGUUUCUAAAUGUAAGAGUCAAAUUUCAUAUCUGUCGAUCACAAUACCAGUAUUCAAACGAUAUUUGGCAAGCAAUGAGUUUACAGACAUUGACAAAAAAUGGAGAGAUAAAUGGUCGAAAGAUAAAUGCAAUGACUUGAAACUUGAGAAUGAAAAUUCAAGGAAAGAAAACUUUUAUUCAUUGGUGAUGUUCCCAUAUCCUUCGGGUGUGCUACAUCUAGGUCACUUGAGGGUGUACACUAUUAGUGAUGUUGUUGCUAGAUACAAGCGAAUGAGAGGAUUUAAUGUAAUCCAUCCAAUGGGGUGGGAUGCAUUUGGUUUACCAGCUGAAAAUGCUGCAGUGGAGAGAAACAUCGAUCCAGCAAUAUGGACCGAAACUAAUGUUGCUAAAAUGAAAGAACAGAUGAAAUCAUUCCUAGUAGAUUUUGAUUGGGAUCGGGAAAUCAACACCAGUUCUCCUGAUUACUAUAAGUGGACUCAAAAGAUUUUCCUAUUGUUAUUUGAAAAGGGUUUGGCGUACCGAAAGAAUGCUGAGAUAAAUUGGGAUCCAGUCGACAAGACAGUAUUAGCUAAUGAGCAAGUGGAUUCAAGAGGCAGAUCAUGGAGAAGUGGAGCUGUAGUUGAGAAAAAACAACUUGAACAAUGGUUUAUUGGAAUUACUGCUUAUGCCAAUAGAUUAGUUGAAGAUCUAAAACGAUUAGAUGAAUGGCCUGAAAACGUUAAGACAAUGCAAAAAAAUUGGAUUGGUAAAUCACAAGGGUGUCUUAUAGAUUUUCCAAUAAGUUUGAAGGAUGAUAAAAUUCAAAUAUAUACUUCACGACCUGAAACUUUGUUUGGUGUCCAAUUUUUAGCUUUAAGUAUGAACCAUUCUAUUGUCUUGGAUCAAGCCAAAAUUGAUCCAGAUUUAAAAAAGUUUUUGCAUGACUCGAAAGAUCUUGAUUUUGAUUCAAGAGAGGGAUACAAGUUAAAGAAUAUAAAAGCAACAAUUCCGUUAAGUCCAAAGAACGAGAAACUUAUCAAUUUCAGUAUUCCAAUUUAUGUUGCUCCUUAUGUCUCAAAUGAUUAUGGUACUGGUGCUGUGAUGGGCUGUCCUGGCCAUGAUGUUAGAGAUUAUGAAUUUUGGAAACUUCACCAGCCAAACGAAUCCAUAGUUCAAGUGAUGGGUCCGAAAGCAAAACCUAUUGAUGUGCCUUAUACCUCGAAAAACGGCAUCAUGAGGGAUAUUUCAACUAUAAGUAAUGGUUUACAGAAUUUAGAGUCCUAUCGUGGUUUAAGUAGCGAAAAAGCUGCUCAGAUGGUAAUUCAAAAUGUUACUGAGCAUAAAUUAGGAGAAGCCAGCAUACAAUACAGACUCAAAGAUUGGCUCAUUAGUAGACAAAGAUAUUGGGGAGCUCCUAUUCCUAUUAUCCAUUGUAAGGAGUGUGGUCCCGUUGCAGUCCCUGAAGAAGACUUACCAGUUGUUUUACCAAAACUUCAAAGCAAAAAAUUUGGAAAGGGUAAUCCGUUAGGUACGAUUGAAGAAUUUGUUAAUUGUAAGUGUCCUUCUUGUGGUAAAGCAGCAAAAAGAGAAACAGAUACGAUGGAUACAUUCAUGGACUCGGCUUGGUAUUAUCUCCGUUAUUUAGAUUCCAAAAAUGAGAAAGAAAUAAUUUCAGCUUCUGCAGGUAAAAACAUGCCGGUGGAUCUUUACGUAGGAGGUGUUGAACAUGCCAUAUUGCAUCUAUUAUAUUCAAGAUUUGUAGCUAAAUUUUUGAGUGAUUGUGGAAUCUGGAAUAGUAAAUCUGGUGUUGAUGAACCCAUGAUAAAGUUGGUUACCCAAGGUAUGGUUCAUGGACGAACCUACUUGGAUCCAGAUACUAGCAAAUAUUUGAAACCGGAAGAAAUAGAUUUUGAUACCUCGGAAGGACCUAUUAUAAAAAAUUCAAGGAAACAACCAAUUGUAACGUUUGAAAAAAUGUCAAAAUCCAAAUUUAAUGGGGCUGAUCCAGGAAAAUGUAUUGAAAAAUACGGGGCCGAUGCGACAAGAGCACAGAUGUUGUUCCUGGCACCAGUGAACGACACCUUAUUGUGGAAUGAAGAACAAAUUCUGGGUGUAGAAAGAUGGCUCAAGAAGGCAAUCAAUUUAGGUAAAAUCAUCACAAAUAAAAGGCACGAUUCCACCAAAAGUACAAGCCCUAUUUUUAGUAAGAUAUCGAGGCUUAAAAACAUGAAUGGAACUUUCGACAAUCUUGAGCUCAACAAGGAAGAAUUUGUUCUAUAUAAUCAAAUACAAAUAUUUACUCAAAACAUAGCCAAAUCGAUUGACGUUGAUUUUUCACUCAAUACCAUUGUUUCAGAUUUUAUGAAAAUGACGAAUCUUAUAUCCGAUGCAAGCAAAACUAGUGAUUACCAGUAUCCACUAUUGAGAAACUCCUACGAAAAGCUAUUAUUAUGUAUGGCUCCAGUUACUCCGGCAAUAGCUGAAGAAUGUUGGGAAAGUUUACAAUUGUCUGAUUCAGUGAAAGAUCCAAUUUCAAUUUUCAAAUUUAGUUUUCCAAUGGACAAACCAAUCGAGACAUCAAUUCAAAACUUCAAAAUCUUUAUCAAUGGUAAGAGUAGAGGAACAAUCAUGGCGCAAAAGGACUUAAUCGAUCAAAAUGAUCAGACUUUGUUGAAUGCUCUUCGCCUGGAUUACACUGUUUCUAAAUUUUUACCAGAAACGAUCAAAAAAGUCAUCAAAAAACCUGGGGUUGUAAGUGUUAUUUCUUGA